AUAGUGUUGGGUCGUGUUUAAAUAUUCUACUCUCUUGCACCCAUCCUUGUGUUUCCCUGCAUAUAGCCACUAUUAAUAUGAAGAUGGGUGAUAUUGGAAAGCAUCAACAAGGCUUUGAAGUUACCGCCGGGGAUUUUGCCCCUCAGGCUCCUUCUAAGUGUUUUGAUGAUGAUGGACGUCUUAAGAGAACAGGGACCGUAUGGACUGCAAGUGCACAUAUCAUAACUGCGGUUAUUGGGUCCGGUGUGUUGUCAUUGGCAUGGGCUACAGCACAACUCGGCUGGAUCGCCGGACCUACGGUUCUGUUCUUAUUUUCGUUUGUGACAUAUUACACGUCGUGUCUUCUUGCCGCAUGUUACCGCCAAGGUGACCCUGUCAAAGGCAAACGAAACUAUACAUAUAUGGAAGCUGUUCAAAACAAUCUUGGUGGAUUCCAAGUGAAAAUUUGUGGGUUUAUUCAAUAUUUCAAUCUUGUUGGAGUAGCAAUUGGGUACACUAUUGCAGCUUCUAUAAGCAUGAUAGCAGUGAAAAGAUCACAAUGUUUUCAUGAAAAGGGACAUCACAACCCAUGUGGAGUAUCAGGAACACCAUACAUGCUUAUGUUUGGUGUUGUGGAAAUCUUGUUCUCUCAAAUCCCAGAUUUUGAUCAAAUUUCUUGGCUUUCAAUGGUGGCUGCAGUCAUGUCAUUCACUUAUUCUAGUAUUGGGCUUGGUCUUGGAAUAUCUAAAGUUGCUGAAAAUAAAAAAAUAAAGGGAAGCCUCACUGGUAUUAGAAUUGGAAAAGUGACUGAAACUCAAAAGAUAUGGAGAAGCUUUCAAGCACUUGGAGCCAUUGCUUUUGCUUAUUCUUAUUCCCUCAUCCUUAUUGAAAUUCAGGAUACAAUCAAAUCACCACCAGCAGAGCACAAAACCAUGAAAAAAGCAACUUUGAUAAGUGUAGUAACUACAACAGUCUUCUACAUGUUUUGUGGAUGUUUUGGCUAUGCUGCAUUUGGAGAUGACUCACCCGGAAACCUUCUCACUGGUUUCGGUUUCUACAACCCAUAUUGGCUUCUUGACAUAGCCAAUGCCGCUAUUGUGAUCCAUCUUGUUGGUGCUUACCAAGUGUACUGCCAACCCUUAUUCGCCUUCGUUGAAAACACGGCUGCAAGAUACUUCCCUGAAAGCAAGUUUAUUAACAACAAUAUCGAGAUCCCUAUCCCAUUCGGUGGAUAUAAACCAUACAAGCUUAACAUGUUCCGAUUGGUGUGGAGAACUAUCUUUGUGUGCUUGACCACACUUGUUGCAAUGUUGAUGCCAUUCUUCAACGACGUUGUUGGGAUCCUUGGGGCAUUUGGGUUUUGGCCGUUAACUGUUUACUUCCCGGUGGAAAUGUACAUUGUUCAAAAGAAGAUACCAAAAUGGAGUACGCGAUGGAUUUCACUACAAAUACUAAGUGUCGCUUGUCUCAUUAUUUCCAUAUGUGCUGCAGCCGGGUCGUUUGCUGGAGUUGUUACUGAUCUAAAGAUCUACCAACCCUUCAAGACAAUGUAUUGAUUGAGGAUUAAACAAGAUGAUUUUUAGGAACUCAAGAAGAUAUCAAUACUUUUUCAUGUUCUUGAUAAAAACAAUCCUAAAUAGAGGGGUUGUCAUUCUACCUUUGUACUUUUUUUUUUGGUCAUUGUAUGUAUGUAUUUUAUGUAUUUCAAUCAAAUCAAUCUCAACAAUCCAACUUUUGAUCUUA